AACCCCAUCAAUUAAUGGCUCAUUUAGUAAGCACAGGUAUCAUAAACUAUGGUAGGUGAAAAAAACACUUCCAUCACAUGUUAGAGAUAGCAGGAAACCAGAAACAAGAUACAAGGAAAAUUAUCAUAUAUUUGGGAAGAAAUUAUUAGAUUUCAAUGGGGAAAGUAGCUAUAUUUGUUCUUUUACUUGUUUCACUCCACAUCCACAAAAUCUAUACUGCCGAAAUCGACAUCCUUUCGGAUUUACAGUUCUUGACAGAAAACGACACACUGGUCUCACCGGGCGGAACCUUUGAACUCGGCUUUUUCAAGCCGGGUAGCUCUGGGAAUAGCUACCUUGGUAUAUGGUAUAAGAAAAUAUCUGUCCAAACAGUAGUUUGGGUUGCCAACAGAGAUCGCCCGCUCGUCGCAUCAUCAGGUCUGCUAAAGAUUGUCCAUCCUGGAAAGCUUGUCCUCAUAAACCAUACCAAUGGUAUUAUGUGGUCAUCCAACACAACAUCAUCAGGAAGGGCAACUGCAAAGCUUGAUGACACCGGAAAUUUAGUCAUGACAGAUGGAGACAACACAAGGAUUCUCUGGCAGAGUUUUGAUUAUCCAACUGAUACUCAUUUACCAGGCAUGAUGUUCGGGAAGAACUUGUUGACGGGCAGGGAAUGGAAUAUAUCGUCAUGGAAAAGUAGCGAAGAUCCAGCUCCAGGUGACUUUACCUUUGGCAUGGACACAAAUGGUUUUCCUCAGGACAUACUCAAAAAAGGCCCAGAUUUCAUCAAAUACAGGGCUGGGCCAUGGAAUGGUAUGCGCUUUAGUGGGGCUUCAUCGUUCAACCAGAACUCGAUCUUUACUUACAAUAUGGUUAUUAAUAAAACAUUGGCAGCUUUUACUUAUAAUCUUGUCGACAGUUCUGUUAUAACAAGGUUCACCUUGACUUCUUCCGGGGAUCUACAAUUUUCAGUAUGGGUGGAAAGGGCGAAAAAAUGGCAGGUUACAGUUACAUUACCAAGAGGAGACUGUGAUUUUUACAACAAUUGUGGUGCUUAUGGAAGCUGCAGCACUGCAAGCGUACAGGUAUGUUCAUGCUUGGAUGAGACGAAAUUUGUACCUAGAAACCUAAAGGGUUGGAAUGAAGCAGAUUGGUCUGAUGGCUGUGUGAGGCGAACACCCCUGGAUUGCAAAAAUGGAAAAGAUGGGUUUUUAAGGUAUCCCAAUGUAAAAUGGCCAGACACACAUACUUCCUGGUAUAACAUUAGCAUGACCCUAAAGGAAUGCGCAGCGGUAUGCCUAAAGAACUGUACCUGUAUGGCUUACGCAAAUACAAAUAUCACAGGAAAGGGAAGUGGCUGCUUGCUUUGGUUCAAUGAUCUCAAAGACAUCAUGGUCAUCACCGAAGGCAACGGUGGUCAGGAUAUAUUCAUAAGAAUGGCUUCCUCUGAAUUAGUUUCCGAGAACCGAUCAGGAAGUACACACAUCAAAUUAAUCUUAGUAGCCGUCUUUCUGGGAGUUCUCCUAAUAGGAUUGAGCUCUAUAUUGUUCUGCUAUACCUUGAGGAAUAGGAAUCAUGCACAACCAAUGGGAGAACGUGAAUCUUUUCAAGUCUGUGAAAGCCAGAAAGAAGCCAUGGAGCUACCAUUGUUUAGCUUCUCCACAAUAGCAGAAUCUACUGCUAGUUUUUCACCAGAAAAUAGACUUGGAGAGGGUGGAUUUGGGGCUGUUUAUAAGGGUGUGCUAGAAGGGAAAGAAAUUGCAGUUAAGCGUCUCUCCAGGACUUCCACCCAAGGACUUGAUGAGUUCAAGAAUGAAGUCAUCUGCAUUUCAAAACUUCAGCACCGCAAUCUUGUUAAGCUCCUUGGAUGUAGCAUACAUGGAGACGAGAAAUUGUUAAUCUAUGAAUACAUGUCCAACAGAAGCUUAGACUUUUUUAUAUUCGAUAAAACACGAAGCACACUCCUUGACUGGACAAAGCGAUUCCACAUCAUUGAAGGAAUUGCCCGCGGACUUCUUUAUCUGCAUCAAGAUUCACGACUAAGAAUCAUUCAUAGAGAUCUUAAAGCCAGCAAUAUUCUACUGGAUGUGGACAUGAACCCUAAGAUAUCAGACUUUGGCUUAGCAAGAAGCUUUGGAGGAAAUGAGACUCAAGCAAACACAGAGAAAGUUGUUGGCACAUAUGGUUACAUGUCACCCGAGUAUGCACUAGAUGGUAUCUUCUCAACAAAGUCCGAUGUGUUUAGCUUUGGUGUUUUGGUGUUGGAGAUUGUGAGUGGGAGUAGAAACCGGGGAUUCGUUCACACUCAGCAUGACAGUAACCUUAUUGGACAUGCAUGGAGAAUGUAUAAUGAAGGCAGGUCAAUGGAGCUCAUUGAUUCGACUAUAGAUGAACCAAGCGAUUCAUCCGAAGUUUUAAGAUCAAUCGAAGUAGGUUUGUUAUGCAUUCAACAAAAUCCAGAAGAUAGACCAGAUAUGUCAUCUGUGGUUCGAAUGUUGGGCAGUGAGGGUGCAUUGCAGAAACCUAAACAGCCAGCAUUUUUUACAGAAAGGAACUUACAUGGUGCUGAUUUCUCUUCAAGCACUUGUCCAACAAGCUCAACCAAUGAUUUUACUGUUACAAAGGUAGUUGCUCGAUAACAAGAGCGUACAUAAGUGUUGGCCAUUAACUUAAAACAGACAGGUUUUGGGGAGUUUGUUCAAUGGGAAUUUGAUGGUUCAAACGUUAAUCAAACUAUGUGUAUGAUGUAUGGAUUUGAAUUCCCCAAAUGUCUAGUAUCUGAUGAUUAAAGUUUCAGGCCGUUUGGAAUUUCCUACAAAAAUUUAUGGCAGCUUUAGUAAUGGAUGGUCAUGAGCUACUGGAUUAUAGUUAAAGCAAAAGUUGUGAUUAAUGUACAUAAUUUCUUUCAAGAGUCUAAUCUGUACCUAUAAAUAAUGUUUGUACCACCUAUCACGAUUCUGGAAGCUCAAGAUUCUUUUCUCGCUA